CGGUUAGCUGAAACUAUCAUACUGAAGAAUCCUAUGAAAUUAAUAAGAAUGAAGCUAGCACUUGUAUUCUUAGCUGCUGUCCUAGUGACUAUCCAAUGUUUGCCCAACAACUCUGAAGAGUUUAGACUUGAACAAGAACCAGAAGAUGAGACUGAUAUUAAUGCCCAAACAGAAACUGAGCUGCCUUCUGACAGCCCUAUUGCUGAGGAAAAUGAACAAGAUGAACAAGCAGCAAGUGAAGAAGAGCAGGCUGGUGAUAAAGAAGAUGAUACUGAUUCAUCUGAAAUUGUCCGGAGCACAGCUUGUCGUCUCAUACCACUAUAUCGUUACUUUAAAGGUGAUGGCUGUGACCAUUUCUAUACAACCAAUAAAAGAGAGAUUGGAACUACAGUUGCUGGUCGGAUAGGUAAUCAUGGUUACAGAUGUGAAGGAAUUGCUGGUCGCAUUUACACAAGGAAAAUUAGCCCAUCAGUUGUCCCACUUUACCGAUAUUGGAAUGCUCAUAUUCGUGACCACUUUUAUACCACAAACUUCAGAGAGUUGGGGCGUGGAAGACAUGGAUGGGCUUAUGAAGGAGUUCAAGGAUAUUGCUUCAAGUAUUUCUUGCCAGGCCUUACUCGUCCACUCUAUCGCUACUGGAAUGGUAACGACCAUUUCUAUACAACAAAUGCUAAUGAGAUUGGAACCACAACUCAUGGAAGGCGAGGGAAACAUGGCUAUACUUCUGAGGGCAUAGCCUGCUAUGUUGCAUAAUGGAUCGUAGUUAACUGGCACAAACUUUAUAGCAACAUUCAUUUUUUACUUCGUUUUGUAGUGUAGCGUAGAAAGUUCUUUAUUGUAACUUUAGAGUUAUAUUUCUGAUUUUGUGCCACAAUUAGAUAUUUGAGUUUUACAAAAAAAAUUUUAAAGGUCAAUAAUAAAUAUUUACAAACAUUCCAUCCAAAAGAACUACUACAAUAAUGGCCGU